AUGUGGCUUCUACAUCCGCUUGGCAUUAUGUCGUUGACACCUUUUACCCCGGUAGCCACAAGCUGUAACACCAUGCCGUUUGCAAUCGCGUGUGUUGUACUGCUUACCAGCCAAGCUGUGGCGCUGACGGAGACACAGCCUCCGAUGCCGCGGCCGACGAGUGGGCAGCUGGACCACUUCAGCUACUCCAUGUACCUGGAUGACAAGACCGAGGACCCGCGACGCCUGCACCUGCCACAUCUUCGACUUCGAGCUCCCCCUGCCGGGGCACUCAGGAAAGCCGCCCAGGCUGCGCCGGUGAUCGCUGCAGCCCUCACGGAGAUCCCGGCAGUCCGGGAGCAGCUCUCUGAGUGGCUCGGCCGCGAUGUGCCGGCGGCUACCGGCCUCGCCAAGGAGCUCCUGGACCUCGCCCAGAGCGAG